AUGGCUGCUCCUAAGGUUGGUAUUAACGGUUUCGGUCGUAUUGGCCGUAUCGUCCUCCGUAACGCUCUCGAGGCUAAGACCAUUGAGAUCGUUGCUGUCAACGACCCCUUCAUCAGCUUGGAGUACAUGGCCUACAUGUUCAAGUACGACUCCACCCACGGUCGCUACAAGGGUGAUGUUGAGAUCAAGGACGGCAAGCUCGUCGUCGAUGGCCAUGCCAUCACUGUCUUCAACGAGCGUGACCCCGCCAACAUCAAGUGGUCCACUGCUGGUGCCGACUACGUUAUUGAGUCCACUGGUGUCUUCACCACCAAGGAGACUGCCUCUGCUCACUUGAAGGGUGGUGCCAAGCGUGUCAUCAUCUCUGCUCCCUCCAAGGAUGCUCCCAUGUACGUUAUGGGUGUCAACCACACCGAGUUCAACCCUGCUGAGACCGUUAUCUCCAACGCCUCUUGCACCACCAACUGCUUGGCUCCUCUUGCCAAGGUCAUCAACGACACCUUCGGUAUCGAGGAGGGUCUCAUGACUACUGUCCACGCUACCACUGCUACCCAAAAGACCGUCGAUGGUCCCUCCAAGAAGGACUGGCGUGGUGGCCGUACUGCCGGCGACAACAUCAUUCCCUCUUCCACUGGUGCCGCCAAGGCCGUCGGUAAGGUUAUCCCUGCCUUGAACGGUAAGCUCACUGGUAUGGCUUUCCGUGUCCCUACCUCUGAUGUCUCCGUUGUUGACUUGACUGUCAAGCUCGAGAAGCCUACCACCUACGAGGAGAUCAAGGCUGCCGUCAAGGCCGCCUCUGAGGGCCCCAUGAAGGGUGUGUUGGGUUACACCGAGGACGCUGUUGUCUCCACUGACUUCACUGGUGACCACCACUCCUCCAUCUUCGAUGCCUCUGCCGGUAUCCAACUCUCCCCCAAGUUCGUCAAGCUUGUCUCCUGGUACGACAACGAGUACGGUUACUCCCGCCGUGUUGUUGACCUUGUUGCCUUCUCUGCUUCCAAGGACAACUAA